GGCACUCUUACGCUGCGGAAACAUCACCUGGUCUUCACCUAUGUUCCCACGCCACCGGACCAGCAUGGCUCCGGCCUUUCCACACCGCGAGCCAGCAGGGAGUCCAGCGACGCAGGAGCGCCGGCGAAGACUCCUGGUGCGAAGCGGAAACUGAAGGAUAUGUGGCUGCCAUACCCGUUGAUCAACCAUUGUGUCCUGCGGCCGGGGCAUCAGCACACGCGAAUCCGCAUUCGUACUCGCGACUUCAGGCUCAUGGCCUUCACAUUCUAUGGUGACGCUGUAAAGUCUUCUGACGCGGCAGCCCGUGAAGUGUUCUACUGUUUAAGGAACCGCUGUUGCGUUGAUCGUGUUCAAGACCUGCAUGCUUUCUAUUUCAAGGCACCCCAAGAAGAGACUUCUAUUUCUGGCACGGCGUAUGAUGCACGGCGAGAGUUCGCACGUAUGGGGAUUGGUGCCAAAGCUGCAGAAGGAGUGGGAAGUGCCUGGCGCAUCUCGACCAUCAAUGAAGACUAUACGUUUUCGCCCACUUACCCAAGCAUCUUGUGCGUACCAGCCACAGUCAGCGAUAACAUGCUCAAAUACGGAGGACCGUAUCGGUCGAAGAGCAGGAUCCCGGCGCUGACCUACCUUCAUUCCAACGGUGGCAGCAUUACUCGGUCUUCGCAGCCCAUGCCAGGCCUUGCAGGGAAGCGGAACCCCCAGGACGAGCGUCUGGUAUCGGCCAUCUUCUCGAGCCAGACGCCGUCCGAGGAUGCUUCCACACCAGUGUCACUGCAAGACACUUCGCACCAACCCACUCUAAAGGAGAGCGAUGAGAGAAGUGCGCGUGAUCAUGAACGCGGAGACGGCCGCAUUCUCGCAGAUACAGACCUUGCCACUACCAGUAGCGACGCAGUAGAAAACGAAACAAUACCCCGACCCAAGGUCUAUGGUACCACUCGCAAAAGACUGAUUGUUGAUGCACGACCGAGGCUGAACGCUUUGGCCAAUCGGGCUACUGGAGGUGGCAUUGAGGAUGUGUCCAACUAUUGUGACUCGUCGGGUGAACUUCCUCAAAGGCUGUUCCUGGACAUAGCAAACAUCCACGUGAUGCGCAAGUCCUUGGCUCUCGUCGUCGAGAGCUUCGGAAGCGCUGAUUAUAUUCGGGCUGCACCUCUGUCAGACCUUCUGCAGAAGUCUGGUUGGCUGGGCCACAUUGCAGGACUUAUCGAUGGCUCCGAAAAGGUUGCCAGAGCGGUCGGUCUUGGCGGCGAUCACGUCCUCGUGCAUUGCUCCGAUGGUUGGGAUCGCACUUCGCAGGUUGCUGCAAUUGCGGAGGUCAUGUUGGAUCCUUACUAUCGUACAUUCACCGGUUUCAUGACUUUGAUUCAGAAGGACUUUCUCUCUUUUGGUCACAAAUUCAAUCACCGCCACGGCGUGCUGGGGUGUGAGAAGUGGUUCGAUAUCGAGCAUGAGCGUGUGAUGCCUAUGAAUCCCCGGGAAAACGGAGUUGCCGUCUCGAACUUAGGCUCGAAAGCAUUAUCGGGCGCGAAGAACUGGUUCGAGAAGAAUCGCAAUGGCCUCUUCAAACAACAGAACGAUAGUCGCAGCAGCCUGGAUGGCUCGCCAUCUCGGCCACCCUCGCCACCAACAAAUCCGAUAUUGCAUUCGCCAGCGACAUCGAGUACGGUGAAAGAUAGAGAGCAUAAGGUGAAGGAAGACGAGAUCGCACCCAUUUUCCAUCAAUUCCUAGACGCAGUCUACCAGCUGCAGUACUCGUACCCGACAGCCUUCGAGUUCAACGAGGUGUAUCUAAGGCGGCUGCUCUAUCAGGUCUACUCGUGCCAAUACGGAGAGUUCUUGUUCAAUAACGAGCAAGAACGAUCAGCACAGGGACAUCUAUUGCCUUCUGUAUGGCCGCACUUUGUAGCAAGGCAAGGAGAAUUCUCGAAUCCCAACUAUGCACCUAAGCUCCACGAUUCCCUGCUGUUACCCAAACGGUCCGCGGCUGGGCGAGACCUGGAAGUACGCUGGUGGAGUCAGGUCUUCUGGCAGGACGAUAAGAAAAUG